GUCGCUUCGAUGCUCAAGCAGGCCUCCCCGCAGGGCGAGAAGGAGGUCCCUUCGUCUUCAUCGGUCCAGAGCCCCUCGAACGAGGCCCCCGACAUGACCAGGAGCCAGCGCCAGACCGCCAUCAAGCAGUUGGAAGCAGCGUUGGCCACCCUCCACGGCGCCGAGCAUGCGGCCCUGAGGGGUUCGAUCAACCAGGAGAUUACCAGCCACAAGCAGGCGAUCAUCUCGGACAAGCCCCUGGGCCAGCGCAGGGGCCACUGCAAGGCCGCGAUCGAGAGGGCCAAGAAGCGCCCCCAGCAAGCCCGAGAGGCCCUACGCCUCGCGGAAGCCGCCGUCCAGGCCGCCGACAAGGAGGAGCUCCGCCUGGCGCAGGAGCUCGCCGACCUCCAGCAGGCCAUCUCCGAGGCCCCCGUUCAAGAGGAGGGCCUCGCCGCACUCAAGUCGCAGUUGGAGGCGGCCUGCCAGCAGCUGUCCAAGGUCGAGGGCACGCAUCCCGACGCCAUCGCCGACGCCGAGGCCCGCAGUCGGGACCCUCUUCUGCGCUUCGAGGCCUCCCUGGCCCAGCAUGCUGCCAAGGAGUCGGGCGGCAUGAACGCGCCGCGGCGCCACUCGGCGAAGAGCCCCCCAGUGCCAGGGGAGGACACGAGCGCCCCCGGGGUCGCGCUCACCCACCGCCACGUGGGCAAGCAACCCCUACAGCCGCAGGAGAAGAAGAAGAAGAAGCAGCAGACCUUCACCAAUUACUUCACCCUCUCCAGCGGGAUCCCGGACCCCGCAAAGACGGUACUCGCCAUAUCCCGAAACGCCACCAUCGUCAGCAGCACGGAGAUCAGCAUGAGCCCGCCCACAAGUGUCUUUUGCCGAAGUGGUUGCGAAAAGCGACGGGUGAACUUCGCCAUGAAGGCGAACCAGUACCACUACAUUCCCGACCUCGGGCUUCACCAUCAAGAUCUCCAAGUUAACAACAGUGCUUCUUCGAGGUGGCAGGGACAUUGUGACAAGAGAGCUCGCAACGGAGCUCAGCUCAUUCUUGCCACCUUCAAUGUCCAGACACUGGAUCCGAAGGAGCGCCAGCAGCUACGCCGCAUCGGCGAGGGCGUCACCGCUCGCACGCACUACGUUGAGGACUUCUUUUACAAGCAUCACAUUCAGUUGGCAGGCAUCCAGGAGUCGCGUCUUCCCGAUUCUGGUUGUCAAGAUCUGGACCAUUACUUCGCCUUCUCCGCCCCCUCCACUGACGACGGGUUGGGGGGAGUGCAUAUCUGGCUUCAUAAGGACCUCAAGGUCUUGGCCAGCACGGCGGCUGCGAAUGCAGUCAGCCCCCGUCUGCUACGCACAGAGUUCUCUGCAGCAGGCCUCACGUUGACAGCCAUCUCGGCGCACGCCCCGGCGGCAUCAGCGCCCGCGGAAGAGAAGCGAGCCUUCUGGGCGUCAGUCCAGAAAGAAUUGGCCGCUGCACUGCACAUGCGCGCCCUGGUCGUCUUCAUCGAUGGCAACGACGACGACGAGGCGGCCGGCGUCAACUCCAACUACCAGUUCGCCCUCGAGCGCCGCCUGGCGCGCGACCUCCAGGACGCCGCCGAGUUAAGCGGCACCAUGGAGCCCACCUGGUCCGGGAUCCACGAGAAGCGCAGCGACCAUUUCUGGCUCGGCCCCCGCUGGCACCGCAAGCUGCACGCCACGAGCGCCCCGCAGGAUUCGCUGUGCUUCUCCAAACGGGAGGGCCGCCGGGUAGUCAAGGCCACGGUCACCUUGGACCAGUCGCUGGGUCCGAGGCCUGCUCCCAGCCUCAAGAUGCCAUCGGAGAAGCUGCACGACCCCAAAGUACGCCGGGCCUUCGAAACGGACAUGUUCGCCCUCGCGGACGAGCUCCAGCACAAUGUAAAUCAGGGCCCCGACGUCUACCACGCUCAGAUGGUCGAGCACGUCCAGGACCUCCAACGCGAGCACUUCUUCGCGCCAGC